AGUCGCUGGAGACCUGGGAAAGAGAGCAGCAAGGGAAGUUUGGAGAAGAAACGCGAAUGGACCGACACAGAGAAAUAUAAGUUCACAGCAGAACCAGGAGCAGUACAGCGAGGGGCGUGAGAGGUGGCGGAUGAUGAUGGACGCCAGCAGAGAGAAGAGCGACGCUGCCCUGCCAGGCAAUCCCUCUUACCAUGAGCCCCAAGGAAAUGAGGCCCAAAAACUGGUGCUGCCAAAAAGCUCAGGCUGCAGCUGGCUGGUGGUGGGAGCAGCUGUCACGGCGUCUCUGAGUGGCCUGAUGCUUGGCUACGAAAUGGGCCUCACUUCUGGGGUCCUGCUUCAGCUGCGGGGUCUCCUCUCCCUUUCCUGCCGGGAACAAGAACUUCUGGUCAGCGCCCACUUGCUUGGUGCUCUUCUCAUAUGCCUGGUGGGAGGCCCCUUUCUGGACCGCUAUGGCCGCCGCUGUUCUAUGCUCCUGAGCGCUGCCCUGGUGGUUGGCGGGACUGUCGUGCUUAUUGCUGUCACCUCGCUAGCUGCGUUGACACUGGGCCGGAUUGUCGUCGGCAUGGGAACUGCGCUGUCAGGGACAGCAGCAUGUCUGUACAUUGCAGAGAUUUCACCGCGGGAGAGGAGGGGCCUGCUGGUGACGUUGUAUGAGCUGAUGCUGGUGUUGGGUGUACUGUUGGGGUUCAGCUGUAGUUAUGCCUUUGCUGCCUUGCCCCACGGCUGGAGGUAUACAUUUGGACUAGUGAUCCCCCCGGCGCUGCUGCAGAUGACUGUACUUCUGCUCCUCCCACCCAGUCCACGCUUCUUGGUGGCCCAGGGCAAAGCCGAGCAGGCCAGAAUGGUCUUAGCCAGAUUGAGGAAUGGAAUUCAGGAGCAUGUGGAGGUUGAACUCAGAGACAUCCAGGCAGGGCUUAAAGCAGAAGCAGAGCAUGGUUUCUGGGAGCUGUUUAGUGCCAAAGCCAACCUGCGCUCACGCUUGCUAACAGGUGUGGCCUUGGUGUUUCUCCAGCAAGCAACCGGGCAGCCCAACAUCUUGUCUUACGCCUCACCACUCCUCCGCAGCGUUGGCUUCAACAGUGAUGCUGCUGCAACAUUGGCCUCCACGGGGUUCGGAGUAGUCAAAGUGGCGGGCACCAUCCCUGCUGUGAUGUUUGUUGACCGUUUGGGACCCAAGAGCUUCCUGUGUUUGGGUGCUGUCGCUAUGGCUUUGUCAUUAGCCACACUGGGGGCAGUGACCUUGCAAAGCCAGACCCACCUCACUAGCCUUUGUCAGAGCCAGUCUGGACUAAACCAAACCCAGAAGGUGUGGGAUUCAAACAGUACCUUGCCAGGAAUGGACAACAGUUACAUUUUGACCACUUCCUUCCCCAGCCAGUGGGAAAUUGAGGAAGCAGAGGCAUUGAGGUGGAAGGUGCUGAACACUAACAGAGAGGAUGAUGAGAUUGGGAAAUCAGGAAGAGAGAGGACUCCUGUGGAGAUGUCAUCCUCACUGAAGUGGGUGUCUUUGAUCAGCUUGUUGGUGUACGUGGCAGCCUUCUCCAUUAGCCUCGGCCCCAUGGUGUACGUGGUUCUCAGUGAGAUCUUUCCCACGGGGGUCAGGGGCAAGGCUGUGUCUGUGGUGUCAGCUGUCAACUGGGCCACCAACCUGAUCAUUUCCAUGACCUUCCUCACCAUUACAGAGAGUAUUGGCGUUCCUAAUGUGAUGUUUCUGUAUGCUGCGAUGAGCUUUGUCCUGCUGGUGUUCAUCAUCCUCUGUGUCCCUGAGACCAAGGGACGCACACUGGAGCAGAUAUCCAAGGAACUGGCUAAGAAGAAGCAUUUUAAAGCGAGAUUCUGUAGGUGGGUUCAGCCCCAGGAGAAGCGGAUCAGCAGCAAGUUCACAGAGACUCCAGCCAACAGCUUACUCGCAUAAGAGAUCACUACUGUGCCUGGCACCGUGAGGAGAGACCUGCACCCUGAGGGCCAGGACCAAGGAGGACAUAAUGACAUGAAUACUGUUUAGAGAUGGGUAUGAGACACAUACAGCAUCUUGCCUUCAAAUGGCUACGUGUGUUAGAGCUCCAUUUCCAGCUGGCUGUGUUGCUAUUGUCUCCAUUGUGCUCUUCCUCCUUUUUACACAUCUGAAUGGAGAACAGGGAUGGUAAAGCCUGCACACAGAAAUAUGUCAAAGAAUGGACACAUAGCUGAAGUAUUUGCAAUUUUGCUCAAAUGAGAAUAGCUCAGGGGCCACUCCUGCUCAUUGAAAAGGAGUCAUGAAAUGCCAAUGACCAGAUUUAUGAAUUCCCUUCUUCCCUCCACUUCUCUAUGAAUGACUGUAGGUCCAAUGCUGACGGGAGACAUUUUUCCUUUUUGCUGGAUUACAAUUUUCUUUUCCACAAUGUUCAUUUUAUCUUCUGAACACUCACCAUCCCUAACUGAUUUGCUACAACGGAGUGAAACUUGGAAAUGUUAUCAACAGUUGCAAAAGAUUUCUGCAUUGAACUCCAAUCAGAAAAACAAGAUGCAUUUGGAAACCAAAUACUAAUCUCAGCAGGUGACAAAAUAUGCAAACACUUGCAUUGGUAUGGUGCUGGAUCCCAUAUGAAUCCCCAUUUCUAAAUUUAUUUUAAUGUGUUCUUACUGUCAAAUGUAAUCAGACUCAAUACUGCUCAAAACAGUCAUGUUAAUAGAGACACUGUAACCUCCAAGAUUUUGUAGGUGGCAAGGAAAUAAGGUGUAUUUGGAUGAUGGUCUUAAGUGUUUCCUUGAGCCUUCCCUCAUCUUGCUUCUUUAUUAAAAUACUCGGGAGGAGCUUGAUGACUCUUGGCUCAUAUUUUGUAGGAACUUGCAAUCAAGACAAGACUAUCAGAACUCCUCAGUUUUAAUAAUAAUAGUUUGUAGAUGAUGUAACAGGUAGGUACUGCAGUAGUUUGAUGGAAUUCUUUUCACAUGCUUUUUACUUAAGUAUCAGUGAUGCCAAAGUAUAGUUUUAAUUGACUAACUCUUGGAAUAAUUUAUUUUAGGAGAAACGAUUAUGUGUUCACACAAUUUGUAACGUGCUCUUCAUACCUAAUUUUUUUUUAUCACGUGACAAAAUGUAGAAAUAAUUACAUCUGUCACAUUGAAAUGAAUAGAAACACAUUUGAUGUAAUUUCAUGUGAUGUUGCGUCACUUAGCUUAUUAGGAUUUGCAUGCACAAAAAGAGAAUAAUGACAAGGGUUGGAAAAGAGCAAAAACACAGUGUACAGUUUCACUAUUGUAACCUGUUUUAUUCAGUAAACCUUUAUUUUUAUAGAAAAUACAAAAUUCUUAAGAAACAAAGUCCUGGAAGUCUUGCUUGAUAUCAGUCUAUAAGUAAUGCAGACAACCAUGGAAAAAAAAACUAAGGCACUCCGUCUUUGAAUGAAGCAAAUUAGUUAUUUGAUUGCUUGAGCAAGGCAACUAAACAGACCGACGUGUAUCGACUCAGUCCCUGAAGAAGACUGAGACUUACAGAUUGAUAUCAAGCAAGACCUCCAGGACUUUGUUUCUACAUGGACCUUUACCUGCCCCACUAAAGAGCACCUGUUGUGUGAGCCACCAGAGCCAUGCAGUGCUUCCUUCUCCCUUUGUAAAUACAAAAUUCUUAACAUUGUUGCAUCUCACAUCCCAUAGCAAACACCAGUUCAAAAAGCUCUACCUCAUAUACUUAAACUUUUGAAAGACAAGCUUUGAACGUUCUCCCUGCCAGACGGAUUUCUUACAUAAAUACAUGUUGCUUCCAUACACAGAUCCAGGACCAGGUGCAGCUGUCAAUGUCCCUAUAUUAACGUUAGUGCCUGCAAGGAGCUACGAUUGAGUUUGGUUCCAAUCUAAAAUGCCUACAUUCUGUCAUUUCUUUUCCUUGUUUGAAUGAAAUGAAAAGAAGAGGGAGGAUCUCUGCAGAUGCUGUGUGUACAUGCUGGACAUACGUAUGCUGUGGGGAUUUUCAGUGCAGCUCAGGCACCCAACCACUGGCGUUACUCUUGAAGACUGCCAUUUGCCUCAUGUUGCUUUGGAAUCUGACACAAGUACUGUUUGAUUGUCAGACCUCUUUUAAAGGUAACAUACUGUUAAAUGGCAUUAAACGCACUACCACUCGCCUGUCUUUGCAGUUUUGAUUUGGUUACUUCAUUGAGUUAAUUUCAGCUAUUCGAUCAGUGUCUAGCGCCUGUAUACCCAAUUCCAAGAUCAAAACUGGACAUUGUCACAGUACAAUU